AUGCUACGUGCAGUGUGGAUUAUCGCAUUCAGUCUUUUCGUUUGUUAUGCAGCUGCCAAUACCGAAAAGCUUAUGUUUACCGCUGGGGAACGACCCUGUCCUGAAACUUCAUCCACCUCCAUAGCAAUAUUGAGCCCGCCUCACACAGCCAUCGAACGAGUCAAAAUCAAUCCUGGAACACAGCAUUUGUUUACCCUCAAAGACUUGGAACCAGGGAUGCGUUAUGAAGCUCGUAUCUCGUAUCCAGCAACAUCACCCACCGAUUUCUCAUUGACGCUCGAGGAUGAUUGUUUAUUACGUGUGGAUGCAGUCUAUGCAGGUGUAUCGAACAUCCAGGGCAUGGAGAACGCUCCUGUCACUUAUGACAUUGUGCUGGAGAAUUUGUACCUUGGCUUUUUAUUCUAUCAAGUAUACAAGGUUGUCAUAGCCAUUGUCCUCGUCCUCGUGUUUGGCCAAUUUAUAGUGAUUCCCAAAGUGCGUUCCAUGAUCCAACAACACGUAGAUAACCAUGAGAAGGAUGAAUAA